AGCGCGGCGUGGGCGCGGAAGGCUCUGCGCAGCCUGGGGCUGGCUCUGGGGGUGUCAGGUUUCGGGGUGUCAGUGUUUGGGGUGUCAGUAUUUGGGGUGUCAGUAUUUGGGGUGUCAGUGUUGGGGUGUCCCCAGAGCGCGGCGUGGGCGCGGAAGGCUCUGCGCAGCCUGGGGCUGGCGCUGCUCUGCCUGCUGGUCAGCACCUGCCUGGCGCCGUUCCUGUUCUCCAGCCUGCUGCCCCUCUACGGGGCACGGCCCUGCGCAGGAGCGUCUUCGCCAGGUGGCUCCGUGCCUACGAGAGCGCCCCUCUCGUUCCACUUCAGCAAUUUCUUCGUGGCCUUCCUGUCCGAGGCCACGGCCACGCUGGCGGGCUCAGGCCACAGCCUGCAGCACGAGCACCUGCGCUGGGACCUGGCCGUGUCGCGGCCCCUGCGGGUGGAGCUGCCGCGCUCCAUGGCAGAGGUGGUGACAAACUGGAACCUGCCCAUGUCCCGCUGGCUGCACACCUACGUGUUCCAGACCGCGCGGUGCCUGGGCACCUUCGCCGCCGUGCUGGGCACCUACGCAGCCAGCGCCCUGCUGCACGGCCUCAGUUUCCACCUGGCCGCUGUCCUGCUGUCCCUGGGCCUCAUCACCUACGCCGAGCACGCCCUGCGGCAGCGCCUGGCCGCCAUCUUCGACGCCUGCGUCCUGUCCAAGCGCUGCCCCCCGAGCUGCAGCCACCGCCACAAGAACGCUCUGUGGGUGCGGGCGCUGAACGGGGCCCUGGGUGCCCUGGCCCUGUUCCACCUGUCCUACCUGGGCGCCCUGUUCGAUGUGGAGGCCGAGGACGCCGUGGAGGAGCAGGGCUACGGCAUGGCCUACACGGUGCGCAAGUGGUCCGAGCUGAACUGGGCCAGCCACUGGGUGACGCUGGGCUGCUGGGUGCUGGCGCGGCUGCUGCGCUGAGCCUCGGGGGGCACUGGGAGCAACUGGGAGCAACUGGGGGCGGCCGGGAGGACCGGGCGCCACAGAGAGCGCGGCCGCUCCGCCCCGGCCCGCGGGGGCCGCUCCGCCCCGCCGGCGCCGCCUCUCGAUGGUCUCGACUUCCGCUUCGCGCCGCUUCCCGCCCUUUCCCGGGGCGGAAGUGACGCCGCGCGGCCGCUCUGGGACCAAUAAAGCCUCGCCUCGA